AUGGCAUGUACUAAAUUUAACAAGACUAGUGUUCUCCGGAGACAGAGAAGCCAAGAUUUGGUAUGUUUUCAUGAUUACUGCCAGGGGGCAGCCAUAUUGGAAGGCUGUCUAGAUAUCUGGGAGGCAAUAAUGCCCCCGAGUCUAACGCACAACACAGAAAACAUUGUCUCCUCUGUUCCGCAACGGCUAGGGAGGACUUUCCUAGCAAUGCACAUUAGCUGCCACCAUUUCCACCAGGUGCUCCUUUCCCCUUUACUCGACUCACACGGGGAUCAAUACACUACAAAGCGCACACAAGAAGCCACCUAA